ACAAACCUGAAAAUAGAAUGAGACCGACGAUUGUUUAAGAACCUGAUGAACAACCUCGCCAUUGUGUGCUUGCCCUUUUCUUCCCCAACCAGUCUAUCAUUUUCAAGAUGAUGCAAUAACCAAUAUUCUAAUUGUCAUUUCCAAUCGCUGUUAAAACAGCCGGCUCUUCACUAUGCGAGUCAGUUUGUCUUCUUCUCUAGCACUUUCUAGUCUUUCCACCGACAGAGCUACUAUAUAACUAGAUCCUUCCUUGUUGCAAGCUUCAUCUUGUUCGCAGAUUUCUCAGAAGAACAAAUUUAACAAGAAAUGGGUCAAAAUAUAGCAAAUUACCCGCUUCUUUCCUAUAUCCUCUACCGUCUGGAACCCAACUCUUAUCCACCACUGUCGCCAGACGUACUAGAAAAUCUGAGCACCCGGUUUCCUAGUUUGUCCAAUCCAAGAGUCCUUUCUUCCCUAUCCCAAUCCAUCCCCAACACCGUUACCCAGACCCACUUCCUCCUCCGCUCCCUCGGCCCACGUCCUGACCCAGCGGCGGUAUCCUCGGCGCGAUCCAAGAUUCCGCAGUUACAAGAAAUGGGUUCAUCCCCAAAUCAAGUGGAGAAGGAGACUGAGAUAUACAACGUGGUGGUGCGGUUGGAAGAGUUGCACGAGGAGUACGAGAAGCAGUUGAGGGAUGUUGAAGAGAGGUUGGCUUUGGUUUAUGGGUCUGUCGUAAAAGAGAUUGAUGAGAGUGAGGUAAAUGAGGAAGUCGUUAGGAUAUUGAAAGAGGCAGAGAGUGGAGUUGUGGAAAGAGUUGCCCUGUCUGGGCGUCAAUUGAAGUUUCUUCCGGAGGAUUUUGGGAAGCUUCAUGGCUUAACUUCUCUCGACUUUUCUCACAAUGAGUUAAAGAUUAUUCCUGAUGCAAUUGCAGGACUUCAGAAACUUGAGGAACUUGAUGUUUCUUCAAACCUUCUGGAGUCUCUGCCCGACUCUAUUGGAUUGUUGCUGAAUUUGAGGGUCCUGAAUGUGUCUGGAAACAAGCUAAAUGCUCUUCCUGAAAGUAUUAGCCAUUGCAGUUCACUGGUGGUGUUAGAUGCAAGCUUUAACAACUUGACUUGUUUGCCAGCAAAUAUUGGGUAUGGACUACCUAAUCUAGAAAGGCUUUCAAUUCAGCUGAAUAACAUUCGUUCUCUUCCUUCAUCUCUCUGUGAAAUGAGGUCACUGAGGUAUCUAGAUGUUCACUUCAAUAAGCUUCAUCAGCUGCCACGCGCGAUAGGUAGAUUGACAAACCUGGAGGUUCUGAAUCUAAGCAGUAAUUUCAGUGACUUGACAGAGCUCCCAGAAACACUAGGCGAUCUAUCUAACCUCAGGGAGCUUGACCUGAGCAACAACCAAAUCCGAGCUCUUCCUGACACAUUCUAUCGGCUUGGAAAACUAAGAAAGCUCAACUUGGAUCAGAACCCGCUAGUAAUUCCCACAAUAGAGGUUGGUAAUGAAGGGGCUGAAGCUGUGAGAGAGUUCAUGGCAAAGAGAUGGGUCCAGAUCAUAGAGGAAGAACAAGAGAAAAGCAUGGUCCAAGCGAGCGAGCAACAGGCUCAGACGGGAUGGCUUGCAUGGGGAAACUCCUUGCUGACAAACUUUGGCACUGGAAUUUCUGAAAGCAUUGGAGGCUAUCUGGGGGGAGGAAAGGCCCCUAGGGAUCCAUAUCUAGAUCAACAACUAUGAUCCUGUGUCUCUGUUGAUCUUUCUUUGUGUUAAACUUUCAGUACGUUUCGUGCAUAUUUCCUGGAUUAUACACUUCCCAUCUGCAAGAUAGCGAUCAAAAUACACUAGUCCAGUUGAGAUAUUGUCUGCUGGUCUUCUCUGUUGUAAUGAAUGUGGUAUUGGACCUGGUCAUGAACUCUUAGGCUGUGUCUGCAUGUUUGGUGUGUGGAUAUCUUUGUAUUAAUAUAUGAAAUGGGUUUGGGUAGUGAAAAGGUGAUAUUUAGAGGAUAGUGAGAGGUGCCAUUUUGUAGUGCUACUACUAGUCAGUUUCUUUAUUCACAAUCACUAGAAUGACAAAUUUGCCCUCCAACACAUUCACCUUUGUAAAUUUAGUACUUGAUAUUUUUGGUCUUUACAUGGAUAGAAAUAAAAUGGUGGAGUCUUUACAGGGA